AUGCAAUGGCCUCAAAUUACAAUUAUAUCUCUGCAGAUACUUCAGACUGUAGAUCCAAUGGCCACAACCAGCAUAAACCAGGUGUCUGCUACAGGAGGCUACAAUUUGAUAGACCAAUCAAGCGCCUUAAUACUGGCUGUUACAGUUAACGAUGUUACAUUAGUGAAACAACUGCUGGAAAAUGGCGCAGACGUGAACGAGAAGAACGCUCAAGGAAUAACUCCCUUGAUGUUUGCCGCCAAUAGUGGCAACACUGAAAUGGUCCUAUGUUUACUUGAACAUGGCGCUUACGUUAACAUGGCCGAUGUGAAUGGUACCUCAGCUUUUAUCAUCGCUGCUUGUGUAGGUGACGUUAAAACCAUAGAGGCUCUCGUCAACAACGGGGCGGACGUCAAACAGAAAACAAUACAAGGGAAAAACGCUUUGAUUGUUACGUCAGCGUUGGGACAUUCCGAAGCUGUAAAAUAUCUUCUUGAGGCUAAACUUGAUGUAAACGCUACCGACGACCACGGCAACACCGCACUGAUGUACGCCGCACAGAAAGACAAUGAUGACCUUGUGAAAUUACUUAUCGAACACGGAGCAGAUGUUAAUAAGUUGGGCAAUUCCUACUCUACUGCACUACAUUUUGCCGCGCUUUUUGGAAAAACUGACAAUGUUGGUGUUUUGAUAGAAGCAGGCGCUGAUGUGAACGCGAGACAAGGUGAAGGUGUAACCGCUAUUUUGCUUGCAGCCGAGAGGAAUCAUGAGGAUACCGUGAAGAAACUUCUAGAGAACAACGCUGUGUUGAACAUGGAAGAGAAUCUCUCGCAAAUUGUUCUCAUGCACUGUAUGAAGAACCAGUACACAGGCGUGUACACACUGCUGCUACAGCGAGCUACACCUAAAGCCGUCAUCAUUCACAUCAUCAAUGUAGUGCUUUAUUUUAUCUGUUUUAUUUGUGCCAGCGCUUUUAGGUUGUUUAUGAGAGCUAUUUCCUACAACUAA